AUGGGUUACGAUUCUCCAGCAAGGGGUGGCCGCGGCGGCGGCGGAUUUCGUGGAGGGAGUCGCGGUGGCGGAGGCGAGAUGGGCUUCCGGGGCCGUGGCGGUGGAUUCCGUGGAGGUGACCGUGGCGGCGGCGGAUUCCGAGGCGGCGAUCGUGGAGGUGGCUUCCGUGGCGGCGACCGCGGUCGUUCCCCUGGAAAGUUCGGCGGAGGUCGCGGCGAUUUCUCUCCUCGCGGAGGCCGUGGCUUCUCCCCUCGUGGUGGUGGCCGUGGAGACUUCGGCGGACGCGGACGCGGCUUCUCUCCUCGUGGAGGUCGUGGCUUCUCCCCGCGCGGCGGCGGACGUGGCGACUUCGGCGGUCGUGGUGGACGUGGCGGCCGCGGUGACUUCACUCCCCGAGGUGGACGCGGUGGCGGCUUCCGAGGCGGACGUGAUGGUGCCGUUACGGAUCGCAAGCGCAAAACGUUUGACGAUGAUGAGGAGGAUGAAGGCUUGGCCACCAAGAAGUACAAGUCGGCCCCGACGACGCCGUUGGCAGGAAAGAAGGGCAAGAAGGGAUUCGAGGAGGACUUCGAGGAGCCUAAGAAGCGCAAGCCGAUCAUGAACGGCGGCCUUCCCGAGGACGAUUCUGACGAGGAUGACGAGGAGGGCUCCGAUGAGGAAGACGAGGUCCCAACCAAGAAGGGAGGCCCCGUCCUCGCCAGCGGAAGCGAUGACGAGGAUGAGGAUGAAGAGGGCGAUGAGGAAGAGGAGGAUGAGGAUGACGAAGAAGACGAUGAGGAGGAAGAUGAGGACGAGGAUGGCCCCCCGCAAAUCAAGAUCAACGGUAAGCUGCAGCCUCUCGCUGACAGCAGUGACGAGGAUGAUGAAGAUGAGGAGGAGGAGAUUGCCCCACCAGCCAAGUCAAAGGUCGCCGUCAAACAACCGGUGAAGGGUAAACAACCCCAAGUUGUUACUCCCGCUGAUGACGAUGACGAGGAUGAGGAUGAUGAAGAGGAGGACGAAGAUGAGGAAGAGAGCGGUGAAGAAGAAGAUGAGGAUGACGAAGAAGAGGAAGAGGAUGAAGAGGACGUCGUCGGUCAAUUCGCAAAGAGCAAGCUCGCGCCCGUCACCCCUAAGUCCGCCUUGAAAACGGCCCCAGCCACCUCUGAGAAGAAACGCGUGGAUCUGAGCGCUGUAUCAACACCUCCAGUUUCUGUUCAUAAGACCCCAUCGACACCUCAUCCGGCAAAGAAGGGUGUCCAAACCACCGAGAAGCAGCCGACGUUGCACUUUGAUUCUGAUGAGGACGAGGAAGACGAUGAAGAUGAGGACGAGGAGGUCGAUGAGGACGAGGAAGAGGAUGAAGAGGAGAGCGAAGAUGAACCCACGCCAGUCACCAGCAAAGGAAAGGAAAACAAGCCCGAGCAGCCCAUGGCCGCGAAGCGCAAGGCCGAGGAAGUUUCGGGUGGCCCCACGGCGAAGGCUUCGAAGGUCGACGUGCAAUCGAUCUAUCAGGAGGAAGAGCGCAGACGGGAGGAGAGGGAUCAUCGCUCGCUGUUCAUCAAAAAUUUCCCCAAGUACACGACAGCGAAAGAGCUCCAAGCACUUCACCCGGACAUCGAGGCCGUCCGUCUCGCCAAGAAGGCCAACACAUUCUGCUGGUUGAUCUUCAGGAAUGAAGCUGGCGCGGAGGCUGGUUACAAGGCUCUACAGAACAAGAAGAUUGAGGGCGAGAAGCUCUUCGUCGACUAUUGUGGCAAGAAGGCAACUCAACGCACCACUCCCUUGAAAGCACCUAACCAGCAGCCGGUCAACCCUCUGCAGCUCUACGUCCAGGGCUUCCCCGCCCACACCGACAAGGCGUCGUUGAGGACGAUCUUCCGCGCCGCCGUCGAUAUCAAGAUGCUCAACGAGAAGAAGGACAAGGCUCGAACUUGCGCCUGGAUUACGUUCGGGUCUGAGGACGCAGCCCAAGCCGCCUUCGAGAAGGGCAACAAGCUGACGAUCGGCGGUCGGCCCGUUGACGUGAUGUUCGCCCGCACCAAGAAGACGCCGGAGCAGGUCGCCCAGGAGCGGAAAGCCGAGUCCGAGAAGGCGAAGCAGCUGGCAAAGGAGAAGGCCAAGAAGGUCGAAACGAAGAAGCUCCCCGUGCCGGCUGUCGUUGCUGAUUCGGAUGACGACGAGGACGAGGAGGAGAUCAACUCCAGCGACGAGGGAAUCGAAGAGGCUCCCUCUGUUGUGAAGGCCCUCUCAAAACAGGUCAAGAAACCGGUACUGGCUGCUGCGGGUGAUGCUGACGACGACGAGGAUGAUGAUGACGAUGAGGAAGAAGAUGACGACGACGAGGAGGAGGAGGACGAUGAUGACGACGACGACGAGGAAGACGAAGAUGAGGAUGAAGACGACGAG